AUGGAGUCAGCAGCUCAGGACAGUGAGAGCCCACAGGCACUGCGGGGGAGUUUUAAUAGCGGUGGACACCAGAAGAGUGGCGGGGAGCCAGAACCUCGUCGUAACGGCAAGAAAUGUAACUACUACAAGAAAACUACAGUCACCCUCGCAGUCGUGGUCUUGGGUCUCAUAAUCGCUGUUAUUGUCCUGGCAGUUCUGGCGCCGCCUUUGUUGUCGUCUGAGCGUUCUUCAGCUGCUCUGGGCCCCUGGGGCCCUGCGUGCCCGGACGGCUGGAUCGGAUACCGAGGGAAAUGCUACUAUUUCUCCGAGGCCAAAGGGAACUGGAACCACAGCCAGAGCCACUGCUCCUCCCUCAGCGCCUCCCUGGCUGUGAUCGACACCCUGCAGGACCUGGAUUUCAUGCUGCGCUAUAAAGGCAAAUUUGACCACUGGAUCGGCCUCUGGAGGGACCCGGGGCAGCCCUGGAAAUGGGCCAAUGGCACCGAAUUCAACAACCUGUUUCCGAUAGGAGGAGGAGCAGGAGGAGGAGAAGGUGACUGCGUGUAUCUGACUGAGAAUAGUGUCAGCAGCUUGCGGUGCACUAGUGAGAGGUAUUGGAUCUGCACCAAACCUCAUGCGUGUACAGAGGCGAUGGGGGCUGCUAAGAGUAUUGUGGAAAUUAGCCCUGAAAAAACCUGACUGUGAUCUCUGACCAUCACAUCAGACAAAUUCCGGAAUAACAGGGAUUGCUCU